AUGCCAUGCAGAAUAUUUGCACUGACAACCAAAUGGUUCCCAUGCUGGAAUGAUUUGGGAUGUGGCCACCCGCAUUUUCUCACAGUUUUUCGGCAAUAUUUGUGUGACUUUAAACCGAACUUAGUAACAAUCCUUGAACCCCUGAUAAGUGGGGGCAGAGCUAAUGCUUUUAUUGCUGCCACUGGUUUCGAUCGCUCUCACUGCAUUGAAGCUGUAGGUUUUUCAGGAGGCAUAUGGUUAUGUUGGCGCAGGAAAAUCCAUGUAGACAUACUCCUCAACCAUUUUCAGUUCAUACACUGCCGUAUAUCUAUUACAUGUGGCAAGUUCUCGACUUUGGCAACCAUUAUAUAUGCCAGCCCGAAUGCAACAAAGCGAAAACAGCUAUGGCCUCACCUUCGAUCCCUCGUUGGAAAUAUUACCUCCCCUUGGAUCAUGUUUGGAGAUUUUAAUCCCACGUUCACUGCUUCAGAUCGGAUGAAUGCUACAAUUUCUACUCGGCCUUGCAAACAUUUCCAAGAUUUUGUUUAUGAUUUUAGCAUCCGUGACAUGGGAUUCUAA